AUGGCGCAACAAGACAACGCCGCCCGCAUCGCCGAAGCAAAGAAGCAGGCAAAGGAACACCCACACAAGGCCGAAGAGACCUACAAGAGCAUCCUCGAGCAAGGCCCCGGCAAGUCAGAUGCCGGUGCUCGCGAUUAUGAGAAUGCCUUGAUGGGUCUCGGUGAGCUGUACCGUGAUCAGCGCCGUACGAACGACUUGGCCGAACUUGUCCAAAACGUCAAGACGGUUCUCUCAUCACUGGCAAAGGCAAAGACGGCAAAGCUGGUGCGCCAGCUGCUUGACCUCUUCACACCCAUCCCCGACACGCUCGAAACACAGAUCUCCGUCACAAAGUCAUGUAUCGAGUGGGCUGUUCAAGAGCGCCGUGGCUUCCUCCGUCAGAACCUCGAGACACGGUUGGUCUCGCUGUACAUGCAGAAGCAGAGCUACUACGAAUCCCUCACCCUCAUCAACCGCCUGCUCAAGGAGUUGAAGCGUCUCGACGACAAGCUGGUCCUGGUCGAAGUCCAACUCCUCGAAUCAAGAGUCUACCACGCCCUCGGCAAUGUCCCCAAGGGCCGCGCCGCCCUCACCUCUGCCCGCACAUCUGCCGCCUCGGUCUACUGUCCGCCUCUGUUGCAAGCCAACCUCGAUAUGCAGAGUGGUAUGCUGCACGCUGAGGACGGCGACUUCAACACCGCCUUCUCAUACUUCAUCGAAGCUCUUGAUGGCUACCACGCCCAGGACGAGUCCGAGAAGGCCACUGCCGGUCUGAUGUACAUGCUCUUGUGCAAGAUCAUGAUCAACGCCAGCGACGACGUCAACAACCUCAUGCAAUCAAAGCAUGCCCUCAAGUAUGGUGGCAAGGGCUUGGACGCCAUGAAGCAGGUCGCAAAAGCCCACAACGACCGUUCCCUCGAAGAAUACGAGACCGCCCUCGCCGACUACCGCCACGAACUCGCUUCCGAUCGCUUCAUCGCUACCCACCUCCGCCGCCUCUACGACAACAUGCUCGAGCAAAACCUCAUCAAGGUCAUUGAGCCCUUCAGCCGUGUUGAGAUUGCCCACAUUGCCAAGAUGGUUGGUUUGGACGUCCACCAUGUCGAGCACAAGCUGAGUCAGAUGAUCUUGGAUCGCGUCAUUAUUGGUGUUCUCGACCAAGGGCAAGGUUGCCUUGAAAUCUUCGACGAGCCUGAGCGUGAUGCUCAAUACGAUGCCGCUUUGAACACAAUCGAUAAGCUGAGCAAUGUUGUUGAUGUGCUUUACACCAACCAGGCCAGUCUUUUAGAGUAA